GAGAUGUAGAAAACAAAAUGGCGAAUUCGAUCAAAGUGGAUUUGCAAGUGCUUUAUUUUGAAAGAAAAGAAAAUUUUUUAACAUUAAUACCUAAUUGAAAAUUCCUCAAAAUAUUUUCUUCUUCACACUCUACAAUCAACAUAAUUCAAUAAAAUAAAGACCAGUAUUUCAUUUCCAAUUCAAUUGCAACACCAGAAGUGCUAUAAUUCCUGUGAACCCAGCACCGAGCACACUAAACUUUUAGCACAAACAUUUAUUUUGUUUUUCCGAAACAAGUGAAUAUAAAAGAAAAUAAAACACUUUUUUAAACAAUAAUUAAUUAAAAUUACAUAGCAAAAAACAAACCAAUAUAUUUAUUGAAAACUUUGCACCAGUGCGCUCUGCGAGAGUGUGUAAAAAUAUUUCUCUUAACCCUGUCAAUAAAAUGAAGACAGACAAUUAAAAAAAAAACCAACCAACCAAUCGAACUAAACCAAACGAAAUAUGGACCCCAACUCCAGUCCGUGGGCGUAUGCAUACAACCGCAUUGUCCCAUCAGCAUCCGGCUCCAGUGACGACUUCCAACACACGCACUUGGCACAAAUAUCAGCCGCCGCUGGCUCCUCGGCGCAAUCCCUGCUCCUGCAGGCAGCUCACUCAAGCAUCGCUGGUUUCAAUGCAACAAGUGGAAACUUUGUGCCUCCCACCCCGAUCGGAGGAUAUAAUCCGGUAUUCCAGCAGAUCUAUCAUCAUGCGGCUCAGGCUGCCGUUCAGCCGAAGCCGGCUCAUUAUGCUUCUUCUGUAGGAAGCACUUCUCAUCGUCAUUUGGGAUUGUCUGGGACUGUGGAGAAGCAAGAAAUUUGUCGAUCGCAACCUGCUGCUUUGGGGUAUACAACGAAUCAGUCGAUUAAUAUACCAACUUCGAGCUAUUAUGGGGAGAAUUCUUCUUCGAGUGGUGCUUCACCUUCGCCGACUACGAGUGCAACUUCAUCGACAACGCUAAGCUGGAAUACGCCAGUGAUUGGGACGCCGCAGCAAAUGUCUGCAAAUACUUUUCUCACAAUGCACCAGCAGCAGCAGCAGCAACAGGCCCAACAACAGGCCGCUUUAAAUCAAGAAAAGGUAAUCAAUUCCAAACAAUCAAACCUUCAAAUUCAAAUGAAGGCUCAAUCAAAAAAUUACGAAGACCUCAUUUAUGUUGGAAACCAUCAGCCCGAACACGAAGAGAACACUCUUCAGUUAGAUAAUCAAAUUAUUCAAGCCGUCUCAGAAGAAGACUGCGCUCGUUCUGAAGAGGGCUUCUACACAUUUGUUGACGGAAAACUGUCGUACAACAUUCCUGCUGCUGCAAUAAGCUCAGCUUCUCUGCCAAAUAAAAUGCCAGUCUCUUCGAUUAAGGUUGUGACGCCAAGAAAGCAUAGCUCUAGCGAAAGUCAUCACCCUACUCUGCAACAAGGCUUAAGGCAAAUUCCCAGUCCAGCUUAUCCAAUUUAUGAAAGCCCUUCUUUAUGUUCUUCUGUGGGCUCACCACCCCCAGCUGUGAACAGUGUUCACCAUAAUGAAACGGCGAACAAUUCGAGCCAUAAUAAUGUGUACAAAUCAAAUACACCAACACAACAAGCUCAAACCUCUCUCGACGUAUCAAACGUUGGACGUGGUGCUAAUAGUAAUAGCAAUCGCAGCAACAAUUUUGCGAGAAAUAGUGUUAGCAAUAGCUCUCUUUCACCUACAACAAGUGUUGGCUAUUCUUCUGUGAUAACAAGUGCCUUUCAAGCUCAACAGCAACAACAGUUGCAACAAGACCAUCAUCAAAUGCAACAGUCUGUAUGCUGGCCCGGUAGCAGUACCAACAAGUUAUCUGACAUAAAUAAACAUGAUCAGAAGGUGUACUCUAUCCAUUCCCCACAUACACAAGAAAACAAUAUAUACAUAUUGCCUCCAUCGUUGCAAAUAAAGCGAACGAUAAUAGAAACAGUCCAGCAAAAUUCUGAAUUGCCACAAGCUUCGCCCCAGGUUCACCAGCAAAUGGUCGAAAAUGCAUUGCAUGUUAUGUCUUCACAAAGAGAUGCAGCAAAACAACAACCUCGAAAUCAAUUACAGCCGACAGAGCCGCAACAAAUAGUACAAAGCAAACAACAGCAUUCUGUUGAAAACGUUUUGGCUACAAACAAUGCGCAAGCGUCACAGAUUCAAAAUACCACCAAGGUUGAAGAAGUACAAAAGCCGAUACCGACAAAAAAAGCGCCUCGAAAAAGGCAACCGAAGAAAACUUUAUUACAAAACAAUGACUUUUCGCGAUCAUCACAGCAAAACAACCAAUCACUUCAGCAACCUUCAAGGCAGCAACAACAGCAACAAAUUCAACAUCAUCAACCCCAGCAGCAGCAACAACAGCAGCAACAGCAACAGGUCCAGCAACAACAGCAACAACAACAGCAACAUAAUAGUUCCUUUUAUGAUUACAACAACCGAUGGAUGCAGCCUAAAGUUGAAAACAAUAUUAAUAUUCCGUCUUUUGGCAACACUCAAUCGCAACAGACAAAUUCAGUACCACAGCCACAACCAGCACACGUUCAGUCUUCUCAAACCCAUCCUCAUAUAUCUCAAAUUUCACAAUAUUAUCCGGCAUUUCCACAGCAUGUUUCAACACAGUAUGCUGCGUGUAUGAGUCAGAACAAUAGCCUCUACAACUUGACGCCAUUGGGACAAGACACUCAGCAAGAACAACAGCAACAACAGAAUGUGCAUCAAAAUGCACAAGACACAUUGCAGCAGCAAAACACUUCAGAGGAAGUGCAAUCUGAACCAGCUGCGGAUAGUUUAUCUUGCAAAGUCAUAGUACCCAACAUUGAAGAUGAACUUCAUUUUCUUACAACUGCUGAUCCAAAAGUUUCGGCAAAAGUACAAAACAACUCCCUCUAUGGGCGUGAUUCUAAUAAUCUCAAAUCAACUAUACAAAAACCACCAGAAGCCGCACCAACAUACCCGCCUUUUGAAAAGAAAGACGGACCAGGAAAGAAGUCCGCCUUUAUGGAUAGCUAUCUUAAGUUUCUGCAAGGUGAACGCGAUGAAUCACCCCCACCUCUAAUGAAAACCGGUAGAAAAUAUAACUACCAAAAGCCAUGUAUGCAAAAAGAAUAUGUUAAUAAUAACAAAAGAAAAUCUAGCGAUAACACUCAAUCAUCGAACCCACCAUCUGUGGCAAAUGCAGAAAAUACUUCUUCACCGGCAGUGGAAGGAUCUUCUGCACCAAUAACAAAUGCCGAAGGCACUGUUACGGGUACAGAUGAUGGCCAUAAAAUUAAAAUAAUAAGUCAGACCCAGAUUCUACCCAAAAAGCGACCUCAAGCACAAAAUAUGGCAGCAGUUAUUCAACAAAAUCCAGCCAAUUCUGAAGAAGUAACACAACAGCAUCAGUUGGCCCAACAACAACAACAGCAGCAACAGCUUCGAGUCGGACAACAACAGCAUUCGCAUCAAUACCGACAGGUUCAGCAGCAAACCCAAAAUUUCCAUCAAGAUCCCUUGGCUCUUCCGCAACGUCGAGAGCAAUCUUUGCGAAAAGCAAAAGCACGUGGUAUCAACGAGAUCAUGCAAGCCACUCCUGCAGCUACCGACCGCGACGAACCGGAAGAAUUCGCUGAUUCUGAUACCGAUCCGGUUUGGACACCACAAGACGACGAUAGUGAAGAUGGUAUGCCUGGGAACUUUGUUGGCAAACGUAAGAAUCGUCGAUUCAAAACAAAUGCUUCUACAAAGAAAAAAGAUACAUCGGCGUUAAAAGACGAUACAAUAUUGGAAAAUGACAACGUCAAUAAAAUGGCAUUAGUUUCAUCAACAUCCAACAAUAUAUCAGAAAACACACCUGGAAAUACUGGCGAUAACUUUAAGACGGGUGAUUUCAUUGUUUUGCGAUCGGACUUGGUAAAUGAUUGGCCAAUAAUUUGGCAGGUUGAUUCCAAGUGUAUAUUACAAAAGUACGAGUCAUUCUGUCAGAAUGGUAAAAUGUUUUACCGCAAUAUGUCAAAGUAUGCAUCAUGGAAUUUGGACACAAAAAAACUUUACAUAAAGGCACCAGUAAGAAUUCAAGUUCAAUCCCAUACUGAAACAAUUGUAGAAUUCAUGCGCUCUGAAUUGCUUGCGGAUGAUACUGAACAAUUUAUUGAAAAAAUUAUGGAAGACUAUCUUACUUAUCGUGAUCAUUUUGAGAUCUAUAUUCAGACGAUGAUCUCACAAGUUUUGGACCCAAGUUUCUUUUCAGAAAUUAAUAGGGAAAAAGACGAAUACUUUUUAUCGAGUGUAAGAACUAUCGAUGAAAUAAUGGAAAAUUGUAAAAGAAAACUUCUUUCCAUAACACCCUGGACCCGAAGUGUUAUUGUUUCUAUAGAAACAUGGCCGCAAUGCCAUGUGUUCACAGAAUGGGGUCAAAAUAAUGUUAAUCAGAAAAACUGUGGAGGAUGUCAUCAGCCUGGAAUAUCAGUGAGAUUCCUUCUAUUCGGACAUCCUUACAAUACUAAUACAAUGCAAACGGUACCAGUUGAUAUGCGAGUUGCUUAUGAAAAGGAUAUUCUUCUUUGUCGGAUUUGUGCUGCCAGAGCUGAUAUAUUCCACAAAAUCGCUCAUGAAAAAUACAAUUUAUUUGCUAUUUGUACAAGACGUGUGGGUGAACAUCAAAAAGAACUACCGGGAAAAAGUUCUACAGAUAUUCUAAAUGAUCUUCUUGCUGAAAAUAACUGGGUUGACGAGCUAUUUCGUAAUAUGCGGAGCUCUUGGGCUGAGGUUGAGAGUUUGGAACGACAAAAACGUUUUCACGAAGUUUCGCAAUAAUAAGUUUUUAAUAAUUUCGAUGUUAUUUAUAAAGAAAAAAAUAUGAUUAACGUAUUUGGUUUUAUAAAAAAAAAAAUUAUAUUUUAUUUUAUUUUAUUUCGAA